ACUUGAAGAUGUCCUCUACAAAACCAAAAGGUAUUUAUUUGUAAUCCGCUGAGUAAUUUCCGAAGCAGACGCUGUGUUUCAUGUGUGCGCCGUGCACCCGAGUUGUAAACACAAAAGCAUCGUCCAACUUUCUUCCUUGUUGCCGGUGUCAGGCUCAUCUGAAGUGAUUGACACCUCUUUCAACGAAUAGUAAACCGACAAAUGAACAUUUAGGGGGUAGGGUGUCAUGAUUGCCCCAAUGAUGUCUGUGGACAGGAGGCGUGCGUAAAGCCCUGCGCCAAUGAUGUCUGUGGACAGGAGGCGUGCGUAAAGCCCUGCGCCGCAGCUGAACUCAGCGGGAGUCAUUGACCGACGUCAUUACGCAUGUGUAACCUGGCGAAUUAGCAAGUGUCACCGUGUUGUUGGCAAACUUUUGUUUGUUUGGUGAAGUUUGCAGUUUGAAGUUUGCAGUUUGCAGUUCCUGCAAGUUUUUACCUCUACACAUCAUGGCCAGGCCUAAACGUCUGACUCUUGAAGAAGUGCACGCAGCACUUUUUCAGGCAGACGACGAUUUUGACAGCGGAGAGAGUGAUGCUGAGUCUGUAGCUGCGAGUGCAGACUCCGUCGAGGAGGACGCGUUUGAGGACGGUGUCGACGUCGUCCUCGACAUUGCUGAACCACCAGCCAGUCCUGUCCCUCUCUCCCUUCAUCCCAGUGACCCUGUGGAAGGGCCCUCUACAUCAUCUCCAACAGCAGUGAAGCGUAAGUGCAAGCGCAAGCACAAGCACACAGCUUUAGCAGGCACCAGGACACCUCAGCGCCGUGCCAGAGCUGUGGCGCAGCGCAAAACCACAGCCUCAUCAAGCCCCCCUGCAGUAGUACACCCCGACUCUGCUGAAGAGGACAGUGAGGUGGAGGAGGAGGAACACUGGCACUCGAUGAAAGAGGAUGAUGUGGAGCCUCCUCCACUACCAUUUCGUCCCAGGAGGACCCCUGGGGUGCAGCUGGAUCCUCAUGUGGAGUACAGUCCAUGUGAUCUUUUCCAGCUUUUUUUUUAGCAAAGAAGUUGUACGUGUUUUGUGCAGGAACACAAACAUCUACGCUGCAAAAAAAAUAGCUGGUGGCCAGAAGAGGAAGUGGAGUGAUGUGACCAUUGAUGAGGUUUACCACUUCUUGAGCCUUGUCAUCUAUCACGGCCUGGUGAAGACAACAGCUGGGCGUGAUAUGUGGAGAAGGGGCCGUUUGUACAGUUUGGCUUUCCCUGCGUCCGUUAUGCCUGGAUACCGCUAUGAAGCAAUACUGGCGUUGUUUCAUAUGAGCGAUCCAGCUGAUGACGUCGCCAAUGACCUGCUUCGAGGCCAGCCUGGCUUUGAUGGUCUCUGCCGCCUCAAUCCACUUCAGGAUCAAAUCCUGACUGCCUGCAGAGCAUACUACCAUCCACGUCAGAACCUCUCGGUGGACGAGCGUAUGGUUGCCACUAAGGCAAGAAUUGGGAUGAAGCAGUUCAUGAAGGAGAAGCCCACCAAGUGGGGGUAUAAGCUGUUUGUGCUGGCGGACAGCUCAAAUGGCUAUACUUGUGACUUCACCAUCUACGAGGGAAAGGCAAGGACGCCGUCUGGCCAGGGCCUGAGUUUUGAUUCUGUGGUGAACCUGCUCAGAGUCCCGUAUCUCGGCACUGGGUAUGGUGUUUUUGUGGACAACUUUUACACCAGCGCCAAGUUGUUUGUUCACCUCCACGGAAUUGGCUUCGGCGCCUGUGGCACAGUCAGGGAGAGCAGGCUUGGCUUCCCACGAACCACCAUCAACGCCUUGCCAAAAGCCGCUGCCCGGGGUGACAUGAGGUGGAUCAGGAGUGGGCCAUUGCUUUUUGUGAAAUGGAAGGACACAAGAGAAGUAGCAAUGUGCUCCACCAUCCACAAAGCCUACACAGGGAAGACCAGCGCACGGCGGGUGAAAAACAAGCGGACUGGCAUCUGGUCAACAGAAAACAUUCCCAUCCCCGAGCCAGUCAGUGCAUACAACAAGUUCAUGGGGGGCGUGGAUUUGUCCGAUGCACUGAUCAAAUAUUUUUCUGUCACCCAGAAGACCAGGAGGUGGUACAUGAAGCUCUUCCUGCACUUUGUGGAUAUCGCUGUCGUGAACAGCUUCCUCCUCUACAAGGAGAUGGCAGUGGCUAAGGGUGAGAGGGCCCUCACUCAAAAGGCCUACAGAGAGGUGCUGUGCUGUCAGCUUGCUGAUGUGGGGCAACAACAGCCAUGUCCACCAGCAGAGACUUCCGUUGAAGCCACUGGUGGGCCAUCUACCUCUGGCCAGGAAAAGCAGAGGCCAAAAGGGUGCUUUCCUGUCCCCAUUGGAGCCCCCUCUUCAGAUCCCAGACUGAAGGCAACCGAGGGCAGGAGGAAGUGUGUCCACUGCAAGAAGAAGACUAUCUUCAUGUGCAGGUCCUGUGAAGUGCCACUCUGCAUUAUUGUGGACAGACUUUGCUUCACAGAGUGGCAUGAUCUACAGUGCACACAAUGAAGCACUCUUUUUGUAAAUAGUUGUAAAUAGUUUCCAGUGUGUUAUUUCAGUGUUCCAGUGUUCCAGUUUUUAUUUUUUAUUUAUUUAUUUUUAUUUUACACAAUUUUUGCCUCCUAAAAUCCAACCCCUCGUCCACGUCGUAGGAGGUGGUAACAGCAUAUUGCAGGUAUGUAAGUAACUGUGCUGGCAAACGGGGCUCUGGUAUGGACUGUUUUCACUUAUAUACUCACAAUCACUCCAAAACAUAUUAUUUAGUAGGUACUAUAUAGGUAUUUAUAGGUAUUUAUAGUAUUUAUAGGUACUGAAGUUCUUGUGAAUUUUAGUCUGGAAUGCAGUAAAAUGUAUUUGUACUAUUUCAAAAUGAAGGAAAAAAAAUAUUACAAUCACCCCCUUUUGUAUGGUGCAAUUUUUUUUUUGGAGAGCUUGGAGAGGUUUUGGAGAGGUUUUUGGAGAGGUUGGAGACGCCUAUUUGUACCCUAUGGAAAUGGUUGUGUAGCACCUAUGUACUUUUAUGUAUCUACUUCAAAUUUUGGAUUUUACUUUCCAAGACCAUGUAGAAUCAGGGCAUGUACAGUUUGACAGUUUGAUCUUUUCUUAUCAGCCUUGAACUCACUGAAAACUAAAAAAAAGUUAGGCGAUUUUUACUUUUUUGACAUUUUAUGCUAUGUAUGAUCUUCUGAAAUGGACACUUAAUGAGUAAAAUAAACAGCUAGACAUCAAUACAUGUCUUGGCCCAUGUGUCUUCUUUAAUUUAAGCCCCCAUUUAGCCAUGUGCUACAUGUAUAGCAUGAGAUAAUGAAUGCUGAAGGCUAUGUCUACAAAACGUCUCCAAAUUUUGCUGAAUUCCUAUUUGCAGAAA